AUGGAGUGUGUGGUACAGGGAAUUAUAGAGACACAGCAUGUGGAGGCCCUUGAGAUUCUUCUUCAGGGUCUUUGUGGUGUUCACAAGGAACACCUACGGAUCCAUGAAUUAUGCCUUAAAAGUGGUCCAAACCUUGGACUUGUAUCUUCAGAGGUUCGUCUGUUGUGUGAUCUUGAGCGUCCUGAACCCUGGACGGUCAAACAUGUUGGGGGUCCGUUGAGGGGUGCUGGUGCUGAGCAAAUCUCAGUUCUGGUUAGGAACAUGGUUGAAAGCAAAGCAAGCAAGAAUGUGCUUCGAUUAUUUUAUGCACUUGGCUACAAAUUAGACCAUGAGUUGCUAAGAGUGGGAUCUGCCUUCCAUUUCAAAAGGGGUGUUCGGAUAACUGUCACAGUGUCAUCUAUUAACAAGAUGCUAAAAUUACAUGCCAUCGAUGAUACUGUGCCGGUAACCCCAGGUAUACAGGUGGUAGAAGUAACAGCUCCCGCAGCAUCUGAAAAUUAUUCUGAAGUUGUUGCUGCCGUGUCAUCUUUCUGCGAAUAUCUUGCACCGCUUCUGCACUUAUCAAAACCAGGUGUUUCAACAGGGGUUGUUCCUACCGCUGCUGCUGCUGCUGCAUCUCUUAUGUCAGAUGGUGGAGGCACAACCUUAUAG